CGUGCGGGAAUGUUGUAGUCAGACGUAUCGCGUGUUCCAUUGAAAUAGUUAGUGAAAAUGUCUGAAAGUUCAGCCGCUGACGAUGGGUCAGUGGCAUUCGAAGAAGCUCUUAACAAAACUGGUAACGGCACUUACAACGUGCUCCUGGUGUUGACCAGCUCGCUGAUACUCCUGGGGAUCGGCAUGGAUCUUUUUGGAUUCACCCUGGUAGUGACAGCGGCCUGCGACCUCCACUUGACUGUCGCCCAAAAGGGCAUUCUCACUUCUCUACCUUUUGUUGGUAUCAUCCUUGCUUCUUACGUGUGGGGCUACGUAUCAGAUACGAAGGGCCGAAGGUUCACUUUAGUUAUUCCUCUCCUCAUCUCGUUCGCGCUGAACUGCAUUAGCAGCUUGGCCAAUCACUGGCUGGUCUUGGGACUGCUGAAGUUUCUCUCCGUUUGUUUUUCGUGUGCAGCGAAUUCAGUCACCUACACGAUCGUAGGAGAGACAUGUGUGCAACGCGUGCGAAAUAAGUACAUGUUACUAAUGACCUGCCUAUUGUUAUUAGCGCCAGCUGUUUCUGGAGUUUUAACCUAUCCCACGUUGAAGUUAGACUUCGCCACGGACCUAUCAACUAUAGGAGUCGUCUACAAGCCUUGGAGGCUGCUCAUCAUCGUACUGGCUCUUCCACUAGGAAUGGGUGCAUUAGCCAUGUUUUUCUUUUACGAAUCUCCAAAAUUCCUUUUCAACUGUGGAAGAAAAGACGAAGCUAUGGAGGUGCUGAAGGGAAUUUAUGCUAUCAAUCAUAGAACCUCGAAAAAUAACUACAAGAUUCGGUUAAUGAAAAUAGAAAGAAAAACAGAAACGAAAUCGGCAUCUAUCUGGCGCGCCGUUUACGAACAGAGCGCUCCCCUAUUUCGCCAGCCGUAUCUCCUGAGAAGCCUGCAGCUGUUCUACAUUGUUUCCGUGGCGUACAUCACCAAUAACAGCUUCUUGAUCUGGCUCCCGCACAUCAUGGAGCAAGUUAGGAAAUCCUUACAAGCUAACGGUACCAGAACCGGUAACGUCUGUGAACUGAUUCAUACGGAAGCAACAGGAAAUCUUUCCUCUAGCGACUCCUCGGAGAACUGCUUGGGGACGGUGGAAGAUAACGUGGUAUUCACUCUCAUAAUAUCCCAGACCAUAUUUUCCCUUUUAAACUUUGUAUUAUCUUAUCUACCCAACCACCGAAGGCCGGUGCUCCUCACAGUUCUGUCCGUCUCAGCCGUGAGCGGGGUCCUGAUCAACUUGACACCGGAGACAAUAUCCAGUGUGAUAUUCUUCAUGAUGUUCACUUGCACUUGCUUGGGUAUGGGGAUUAUGGCGUCCUAUUUUGUGGACCUGUAUCCAACAUCUCACAGGGGAAUGGUGACGUGCCUAAGUAUCAUGGUGGGCAGGAGUUCGGCAUUCAUGGGCAUCAAUUUAGUUGGACACCUCAUAUUCAAUUACUGUCAGUUAACAUUUUAUCUCUGGUCUUUGUUGGUUUUAACCAGCGUCGUGGCAGCAUGGUUUCUUCCCCCAGAUCGACAUGAGAAGCUGAAAACGUCUAACUGAAGUGCUAGAAAGCGAAAGCUUUUGAUCAAACAAAAAAGAAAAAAACAUGUGUGCAAUUCACACGUGAUAGAAGUGAAAACUUCAAAAAUUAAAAUACAAUUAUCCUAAGUGUUUAAGUAUAUUA